AUGCUGCGAGGCGACGCCGAAGAGCCCGAAGCCGACGUCGCCGGCAUCGCGGAACAGAGCGUCAGCGAGCCACAAUUCCUCCCAGGCCCCCCGGGCCCGCCGGGUCCACCGGGCCCUCCGGGCGACAAGGGCGACCCCGGCGAUGUGGGCCCCCCAGGCGAGGCGGGGCCACCGGGCGCCCCCGGCGAGAAGGGCGACGUCGGCGAGCCCGGGCCCCCGGGUCCGUCGAUCAAGGGCGACACGGGCGAUCCCGGCGUGCCGGGCCUGCCCGGGCUGAAGGGCGAGAAGGGCGAUGCGGGGGAACCGGGCCUGCAGGGCGCGGACGGUGCCCCGGGGCCCCCGGGACCGGAGGGGCCGGUCGGUGUGCAGGGGCCGCCUGGGCUGCGCGGGCUGGUGGGGCCCAAAGGGGAGAAGGGCGACCCGGGGGUGGGCGAGCCGGGCGAUCCCGGCGUUCCGGGCACCCCGGGGAUUCGGGGCCCGCCGGGGGAGCACGGCAUCCCCGGCGACAGCGGCCAGCCGGGUGUUCCCGGGGAGGACGGCGCGGACGGACCCCCGGGCGCGCCGGGCGUCCCCGGGGAGCCUGGGCCCCCGGGCGAGGGCCUGCCGGGACCCACGGGGCCCACAGGCGCCCCUGGAAUUGAGGGUCUGCCUGGCCUGCCGGGAUUGGACGGGAGCCCUGGCGCGCCGGGCGAGAAGGGUGACUCCGGCGCUCCGGGCAUACCGGGCCUGGCGGGAGAGCCCGGCAGCCCUGGCGCGGCUGGGCCGCCGGGCCCAGCGGGGCUCGACGGCGCACCUGGACAGCCAGGCGGGCCGGGUGCUGAUGGCGAAGAUGGCGCGGAUGGGGAUGUUGGUCCCCCGGGUUUGCCCGGUUUGGAUGGACUGAACGGUCUGCCAGGCUUGGAUGGCCAGGAUGGCCAGCCCGGGGAGCCGGGACCUGCGGGCCCAUCGGGGGAUCCGGGCGUGCCCGGCCUGCCUGGCGUGGACGGUCCCCCCGGGCCGGAGGGCCCCGCGGGCACCCCGGGCAUCGAAGGAGCACCGGGCCCCCCGGGUGCUGACGGCGAAGAUGGCGUCCCGGGUGCAGACGGCGCUCCAGGCAUCGAUGGCAUGCCAGGCCUUCCUGGCCUGGACGGCCAGCCAGGGCCGGUCGGCCCCGCGGGUGCGGACGGCGCUCCGGGGCCCGUGGGGCCCAGCGGGACCGACGGCACUCCCGGUGUUGAUGGCGCCCCAGGAGUCGACGGGAUUCAGGGUGCGCCCGGCACAGAAGGUCUUCCGGGGCCCGAAGGCCCGGUCUGCCAGGAUUGGACGGCGCACCCGGCGCACCCGGCGCUUCGGGGCUGGACGGCAGCCCAGGGCCCUCGGGUGCCAAUGGCUCCGAUGGCGCUCCAGGAGCCGACGGCACGCCUGGCGUCGACGGGAUUCCCGGGUUGCCCGGCGCAGAUGGCCAGCCGGGUGCAAUUGGCGCGCCCGGCGUCGAUGGAGCCCCAGGCAUUCCGGGAGCGCCUGGCCUUGAUGGAGCGCCAGGCGCCCCAGGUGUUGACGGAAUCCCCGGCGUUGACGGAUCCCCGGGUCCAGCGGGCACGCCGGGUGUCAACGGUCUCCCUGGACCCGUGGGCCCGAGCGGAUCUGAUGGCACUCCGGGCCUGCCUGGUUCGGACGGACCCCCAGGGCCUGCGGGUACCCCUGGCGCUCCUGGAACGGAUGGCCAGCCCGGCGCAGUGGGUCCGCCAGGUGAGGACGGGGAGGCAGGGGUGCAGGGCCCGCCUGGGCUGGAUGGCAUUCCGGGCGCGCCAGGAGCGGAUGGCACCCCAGGGGAGCCUGGCCUCGACGGACUUCCUGGACUGCCCGGCUUGGACGGCGCUGUGGGCUCCCCCGGCGCACCUGGACCCGUUGGCCCCGCAGGGCCCUUGGGCACCCCAGGAUCCGACGGAGAGCCGGGGCCUCCUGGGCCGGCAGGGGCGGUUGGCAGCGUUGGCACUCCGGGAGAAGAUGGCACCCCGGGCGAUCCUGGAGUGCCCGGCAUCCCUGGCCCAGAGGGGCCUCCGGGGACUCCUGGUGCGCCUGGAUUGGAUGGCAGCCCAGGCCCGCAAGGUGUGGCUGGACCGCAGGGCUUGGUGGGCCCCGCCGGGCCCCCUGGGGCGGAUGGAGCCAACGGCAUUCCGGGCGAACCAGGGCAGCCUGGAACUGCGGGGAUGUCAGGGCCGCCAGGAGAAAGGGGCGAGAGAGGACUUCCGGGAUCCGAUGGCGUCUCAGAUGGCAUUCCUGGUGCUCCGGGUGCACAGGGUGAGCCAGGCGUUGCGGGAGUGCCUGGGCUGGAUGGUCCCCCUGGUCCGCCUGGAGAUCCUGCGCCGGUCAUUUCUCCCCAGUCCCUCCCUGCAGGGCCUCCAGGUGCUCCUGGUCUUCCCGGCCCAGUGGGGCCGACAGGCCCUGAAGGUCCAGCUGGCCCUGGGGGGACAGAUGGCGUUCCUGGCCUGCCAGGGUCACCGGGCAGGGAUGGUGAACCUGGGCCUGUGGGGCCAGCUGGGCCCCAAGGUGCACAAGGCUUCGAUGGAGUUCCUGGUUUGGAUGGUGCGCCCGGCGCACCUGGCGCACCAGGCCCUGCGGGGACACCAGGCCAACCUGGGCAGGAUGGCCUGCCAGCCCCCCCUGCGCCUCCUGGUGCACCUGGAGAAAAGGGAGACAUUGGCGAGCCUGGGCCACCUGGCCAGCUGGGUGACAGGGGCGUGCCAGGCCUGCCUGGCACCCCAGGUGAAGACGGGGCUGCUGGUCCCAGCGGGGAACCUGGCUUGGAUGGCGUGCCAGGACUUCCGGGAUCACCUGGUUUGGAUGGAGCAGACGGAGAGCCAGGCCUGGAUGGACAGCCUGGGCUUGUGGGGCCGCCAGGUGCGAGGGGUGAAAAGGGUGACCCUGGCGAGCCCGGCGCCGUUGGUGCCCAGGGCGUGCCUGGGACAGAUGGCACCCCGGGUGUGGAUGGCAUACCGGGACUGGACGGAUCGCCUGGUGCUGUGGGGCAGCCUGGUCCGAAGGGGGAUGCUGGCGAGCCUGGAUCUGCAGGGCCACAGGGCGAGACUGGUGUGCCUGGCACACCGGGCAGCCCAGGUGAUGAUGGUGUCCCAGGCGCAGAUGGUGCCCCAGGUUCAGAUGGCGUGCCAGGGCUUCCUGGCACACCGGGACCUGGGGGUGCGGCUGGCCUGGAUGGGGUGCCGGGAGCGCCUGGUGCACCUGGGGAGGAUGGCCUGCCAGGUAGUCCUGGCGCAGGUGGUGCACCAGGGCCAGUGGGCCCACCUGGUGCAAGCGUUCUUCCCCAGAACAUUCCAGAGGGUCCGCCUGGGCCUCCUGGCCUGCCUGGCAGAAAUGGCACAGACGGCGCCCCAGGAAAUCCUGGGGCACCUGGGGCACCAGGCAGCGAUGGCGCUCCAGGGCCUGCGGGACCAAAGGGCAACAACGGAGACCCGGGCGAGCCGGGCCCAAGGGGCGAGCCUGGGCCUGAGGCGCUACCGGGCAUCCCUGGCAUUCCCGGUGCACCCGGACCGCAAGGAGCCCCUGGCGCAGUUGGGCCCCCAGGAGCAGCUGGCCAGGAUGGGGCCCUUGGCGCCCCCGGGGAACCAGGGCCUGUGGGCCCUCCAGGCACACCUGGCGAAGAUGGCAAUCCGGGCGAGGAUGGGCAGCCGGGAGCAGAUGGCGUGCCAGGGCAGCCAGGGAGCGAUGGGGAGCCUGGGCUGGAUGGCCCACCGGGCGCCCCCGGCCCAGCAGGUCCAAAAGGCGAUGGUGGCGAACCUGGCAGCCCUGGCACACCAGGUGGCUUGGGUCCAGUUGGGCCUCAGGGCGACCCUGGAGUGCCAGGCACGCCUGGCCUCCCAGGCGAAGAAGGCCCUCAAGGCGCAGAUGGGAACCCAGGUCUGCCGGGGCCAGCUGGGGCCACUGGCCGUGACGGCGAGCCUGGUGCGCCGGGCUUGGACGGUCAGCCAGGGGCGCCUGGGCCCCAGGGCUUCAUUGGGCAGCCUGGUGAGCCGGGCGAGCCAGGGUUCGAUGGUGCCCCGGGGGCCCCCGGCAUCCCUGGUGCAGAAGGCCCACCGGGACCUCCAGGGCCAGCAGGCCAGCAGGGUGAGGCUGCAGAUGCUGCAAUUGCGGCACAGUCAGUUGCUGAGCCGGGUCCUCCAGGAGCACCAGGAGCACCAGGAGAACAGGGAGAACAGGGAGAACCUGGAGAACCUGGAGCUCCGGGUUUGGAAGGUAGUCCAGGCGCUCCUGGUGCAGGCGGCGCCCCUGGUCUGGACGGGGCUCCUGGCGAGCCAGGGACGCCUGGCAUUGGAUCCCCAGGGGCACCUGGCCGGGAUGGCGCGCCUGGGCCCAAGGGGGCGCCUGGAUCUCCCGGUGCCCAGGGCCCACCAGGUCCUAAGGGAGACAAGGGGGAGCCUGGAGAGAACCCAGGGAAGCGCGCAUUUUUCAGGACCAAGGCGCACACAACUUACGGGCCAGGUGAGGGCUCUGGACUUGGGUGAAUUAUCCCGCACCAGGUGA